CUGCAGUCCGGUUUGGCAGUUUAGUUCUUGGUCGUUCGUUGCCGAGUUGAGAGCAUAGUAUGUGCCCACAAGUCCACAGUCACGUACACGUCUACCUGCCUCACCAUCAGCCCCACAAUAAACUUGUAUCUUACGGUUAUCGUUAGGGUCCCUAGGCUCUCUUUUUGAGUGCCUAGUUUUGUGCCAUUUGUGUCUCCUUUCUCUAGUUCACCCUCAAUUUUUUGAGAGUUGAUGCUGCGAUUCUCCAUCGUUGAAACUUCCCCAGUGAUAGUAUGCUAUUUUACUGGAUAUUCUAGUGCAACGUGCGCAAAUAUAUAUAUUUUUUUUUUGACUUGGUGUGUAUUUUCUGGCAAGUAAGGAUAACAUCGAGGCAGGAUAUAAGGGGAGAAAAGAGACUGAUCAGAGCUUCUGAAGGAAUUGAAGCUGAGGAAGCUUGAAUAAGAAGAAGGAUCUUCAUAAAACCGAAAUUUAGCCAUUGGGAAGAUCAGUUUUUGGAGUGAAGGAAUUUCGCGGGAAUAAGAAGAGAUUUUUUUGAAUAUUUUAAAGUUUUUUUGCGAAGAUUCAAGAUGAGCUGCACAAUUGCACCGGCAACUCUUGCGAAGGCGAGUGAAACGCUUCUCAGCAAGUGCGAGAUACCGAUCAUCGACCUCGCACACGUGGGAACAGAGAGAUGUCCCCAGAAAGCAGUUGUGAAGCAGGUCGGUUCGAAACUGGUACAGGCACUUUCUGAAAAAGGACUGGCCCUCCUCGUUAAUCAUGGCAUUCCUGACUGCAAGUUGAAAGGGGCAUACAGAGCUUUGGACAAAUUUUGUGAACUUCCUGAAGAAACUCGUAACAAAUAUAAAUUCCAUCAAGAAAGUGCCCACGGAUAUGUCAAACCCGGAGCCGAGAAACUUUCGAAAAACGAUGAAAAGGAGGUGCGACAUUCGUUCAACAUCUGUGAUGAUCAGGGACCGCUUCCAGACCCAGAUGUUCCAGGAUUCAGCUCAGCUGUGGACGAGCUUUCCGGGGACUUCAAGCAGCUGACGACGAUGCUUUUAACCGCACUCGCGGUCGGGAUGGAGCUGCCUUCUGACUUCUUCCUCUCGAAGCAUACGCGCCUCCUGGGUCCAGCAAACGGAACAACACUCCGGCUGCUCUAUUAUCCACCCUUGGGUGCUCCGGAGCCUGAUAUGACCAGAUGUGGAGCCCAUUGUGAUUAUGGAACUUUCACUUUACUCGCUCAGGAUUGCGAAGGCGGUCUAGAAAUCCAAACUCCGCCCGGAGACCGCUGGUUGCGUGUUGGUCACUUGCCGGGGGCGAUUCUUCUCAACACUGGAGAAAUGCUGGAUACUUGGACAAGUGGUCAACUGCCAGCCCUCAACCACCGAGUCGUAAUUCCUGAACAUUUUGGACGUGGACGUCACUCAGUGGCCUUCUUUGUUCACCCUGACAAUGAAGUUGAAAUCGAGCCUUUCAACGUGCAAAUUAUAAAACCCGCCCAGGAAGCAGCACCAUGUCGUCUCCAGAAAAAGAAACGAGGAGUGAUAACAGCCUACCAACAUCUCCAACGUCGGUUUCGAGAAACUUAUGCGUCUUAACACUAAAUCAUAGCUGUGACCCAUUUUCAUGGAUCUGGUUACACACCCUACUUUGAUUAUUAAUCUCCGAAUAUCAAUCAAAGUUCACGCAUUUACGCCCGUCUUUGCAUUUGCGGUUUUAGCUCUUCUGGUUUCGAUGUGAGAAUUGCGAUCUUUUUUUACAAAUUUCGCGAGCGUUUGAGAAACCAGGAGGAUCCCUGAAAAUUGCAGAAGUUUUCGACGCCAAUUUGUAAGAGGACGACAGGUUACGAUAUAGAAAAGGUCUCGGACCAUUUUCCGAUUCCAAUUAAUCCGAUGAAUUUUCAAAGGCAAUUCUGUGGACCUAAAUAUCGACGAUCAUUAUCGACUGAAUAGAGUAAUUUUUCUAACUAGAUUUCAUACGAGGUUGUUCCAUCAGAGGAAGGCAUUCGAAAUUAAGCGCUUCUGAUUAAAGGGUAUGAAGUCCUGCAAUAAUAAACAAAUUUGUACUUAAGA